CUUGAAUGCAGAUUUGCACGCACACACACACACACUUAUGAAACUUUGCUUUUACUUUUUCGUUUAAUAUGUAUUUUCACCUACGGCGAAGAGUUCUCAUCGACAACACCCCAAUUCCCUGGAAAUAGGCUCCGUGCAGGCCCCAUCACCGCACCCGAAACCCUAAGAAACAGAACACAGGCUUGGGAAUACGAGGCCCUCCUGUAUCCGACGGCGCUGAGCUGCUCCGAUAGGCAAAUCCACGGUGGCUGGGCAGUGGGAGAAGACUGGGCUGCAGCUAACAUAACAUCUUCCAGAGCUCGAGUUGAUUCCCUUUCGCGAUCUCCCCCUGCCACCGGCGACCCUCCGCGCAUCCCUUUCGUUUGUUUGUUGAGGGCGUCCCUGAAGCAUUUCAACAUGACUGUCAAAAGGCGUAGUGGUGGUCGAAACAAGCAUGGUCGUGGCCAUGUGAACCCUAUUCGGUGCUCCAACUGCGGGCGCUGUGUGCCCAAGGACAAGGCAGUGAAGCGGUUUUUGGUUCGCAACAUUGUCGAGCAGGCUGCUGUUCGUGAUGUGCAAGAGGCCUGUGUAUACGACGGGUAUGUCCUCCCGAAGUUGUACGCCAAGAUGCAGUAUUGCAUUUCCUGCGCCAUUCACUCCCACGUAGUCCGUGUACGUUCCCGUGAGGCACGUAGGGUUCGUGAGCCACCCCAGAGGUUCAGGCGCAAGGAGGAUGGACCGCCACGUGCCCCAGGAGCUCCUGGCGCCCGACCUGGUGCCCCAGGUGCCAAGCCUUGAAACGGCUUGUAUCAGUGCAUCGUUUUCACAGAACUGCAAGAGCGAAGGUGGGAAGCGAGCUUCAGACUUGGAGUCAAUGUGUAGAAUUUUUUCAUUUUACGGUAUUGGCGGCAAUGAUGUCAUAUGACGACACUCUAAUGGACUUCUUAAGGUUUAUCGUGUAAUGACAAUCUUUUGUAUCCUUAUCCAUCA